GAUAAUGCGCAAAAGAUUGCUGAGUUUCUUGCCUCCCAUCCUCGAGUAACGAAAAUAAACUAUGCUGGUCUUCCUGGACAUCCUGGACAUGACCUACACUACUCUCAAGCAAUAGGAGCUGGAUCUGUGCUUAGCUUCACAACAGGAUCACUCCCACUGUCAAAGCAUAUAGUUGAAACUACCAAAUUCUUCAGCAUGACAGUUAGUUUCGGGGGUGUAAGUUCAGUGAUAUGCUUGCCUUGGUAUACGUCUCAUUCUAGCAUUCCUGAAGAAGAUCGUUUGGCCAGAGGUUUAACUGAAGACCUCGUGCGUAUUUCUGUGGGGAUUGAGGAUGUUGAUGAUCUUAUUGCUGAUCUCCAUAAAGCUCUCUCAUCUGGCCCAAUCUAAUUGAACUUCCUAUGUUAGUUAGUGUGUUUUUGGGCUAGGUUGCUUCAAAUAAUGUGUGUGCGCAAUGGUGUGUUUUGUUGUUGUUGUUUAGUUGUACUGUAUUUUUUUUUUUGGAGUGAAAUAUUUGAAUUGUAUUAUUAAAUGGCCAUCAACGCUUCAAUUUCAUCAUUUGGAAUAAGGUUGGUGUCUUUACCUUCCUCUCUACCUUCUUGCUUAAUUUAAUGAUUUUUAAUUUAUCGAUGAUAAUUAUUUAA